AGGGCCAGAAAAGCCAGCAUGGUCAGAUUCCAGGAGAUGACCUUAAUGGUUUUGUGUAAUUGGGGGGAAAGAAUGAAUCAUUCUAUCUCAUGUUUAUUUUAUAGCAUUUUGUAUUUCCAGUGCUGGCUGUAUAUCCAAGACAAAUGUUCUACUGUUUCCCUAUGUUUAGGUUUAAAAAGCAGUAUAACUGGGUGUGGUGGUGCAGAGGCAGGCUGAUUUCUGUGAGCUUCAGGGCAGCCUGGUCUAUGUAGUGAGACUCUGCCUCAAAAUAGCAAAUAAAUAGAUGACAUUUUAAAAAGUAAAACUCAUGGAAGAUAAUUUCAUUCAUGUGUCUGACAGAAGGCAGGCUGUCUUGGUUCAAAUCCUAGCUCUCCUGUUUUCUUGCUGUCAUUGGACAACUUAAUACCACUAGGUAUAAAAUGGGAUGAUAAUAGAAACCUAUUUCUAUGAUUGUUAGUAUUAACAGGGUUAAUAAGUGAAAGUAUUCAGCUCGAUUCAUAGUCAUAUUAAGUGUAAGCUGCUGCCUAAUUACUAUGAUUAACUUGUUUAUUGUCAUUUUAGUUUUAGAAUAUUAUUUUGGUUCCAGUGAAACAUGACAUAAGAUAAUUGUGGGUUAGACUGGGGUGAUAGAUAGCAAAGGAGACUCCCUUAUUUGCUGGGUACAUGUUCCAAGACCUCCAGUGGUUACUUAAAGCAUCAGAUAGUGCCAGACUUGUAACUGUUUUAUCGUUUCUAUACCUUUAAUAAAGUAUAACUUACAAAGUAGGCAUAGUAAGAAGUUUAAAAAAAUAGAUAAUAAUAAAAUAGCUGUAACAGAAUGUUGUGAUAAGUAUGAAUGUGGGCUGUCUUAGCGUGCAGCGUUUUCUAUUUGGUGCUUUUAGACUAUAGCUGAGCCUAGAUAAUGGACUAUAAAAUUGCAGCUCGGGAGACUGAUAUACUGUGUAAGACAUGCUCAGAGGUAGAGCCCGUAGCAUACCGCGUGUUUGGUGGAUGAGUGUGGAAAGGGACCGGGAGAAGAAGGAGCAGGAGUCAGUACCUCAGAUAAUCUUGGAGCUACAGUGGUUUAAAUACAGAAAGAUGCUGCUGCUCUCUGCUGAGGCCUGUCACAUACUGCUUGCUGUUAGUCUUGUGCUUCAGCAUGUUUUUAGGUCCUUGCUUUCCUGCGGUAAAGUGUUCGCACUUCACUGAAUUGUGAUUGUAAGGCAUCCUUUUGCCCACAGUAAGAAUGAAUGUAUAAAGUAAAUAAGAAUUCAAGUUGGAUCACACAUAAUGUUUUGUUCAGAUUUGCAGACCUCCUGGAAUUAUUACAGACACCAUCAUUUGUUUCUCUUUAGCGUACUUGGAAAUGUGGGGCUUUUUUCUGGCAGAAUUAUACCAUUCCCUCAGCACCCAAUUCCUAGUUAUUGAGAAGCACCUUUUAUGAUAUUAUCUGAAAUAAAUGCUUUACGAUUUCAGUUUGCAUCAUAAGAUUGGAAAACGUGUACCUGAAUAUCUGCAUGCUGUUUCGAGCGUCACUUGGGUAGAGCACCUAACUAGACUGAUAGAGAGUCAAAUAUCCAAUAAACAAGAAAAUAAAAUUGAGGCUGAAUAUUUAAGUCUUCUAACUAUAAAUUCUUGUGCAUUUGAGUUAGAGUUCCUCCAUUGCCAUAUUCUGUUAACACACUUCCUUUCUCUGAUAACUGUUCUUUGUCCUUGGGAGAAUGGUACACAAAAUAGGACUUUCCCCCUCACUCCUCUGGUAGUGAGCUUCAGCCCAACUCCUGACUCCUCCCUCUCUUCCCUCCCUCUCCACCCAUCCACCCUUGUAGUUACUGCCUAUUUUUCUUGCUGGCAGUCUGGAUUCUACUCAUUUACCUAAGAGGGGGAUUCUAGACAGACGGGAGACAGCUUUCAAACACACUGGACUGCUGGCAAGUCAGUGCCCACGGUGCAUUUUGAAAACUCGGGAGCUUCUCUCUGGCGAUGAGUUGCCCAAGAUGCUAGAGUCUGUGUGAGCACAUUUGUCUUCUUCCCUUUCCCCUUUCUUUCUUUUCCAAAGUCCCUUCUCCCUGCUUCCCCUCCUACUCUUUUAUCCUCUCCCUCUGUGCUUUAGUUCUGCCGAACACAGGCUGAAGCACAAUCCUGCAUUGCAAGGCUUUCUGUUAAGGAUUUAUUGUGGCUUUUGUUUGGAUUUCAUCGGUGCGGAAUUACAGCUGUUCAGAGGAGACUCAUUACAGCUCCUGCUCCCAAUCUUCCUCUCUGUCCCUGCCCCCACUCUCCCUUGGUGAAGACACUGCCCCCAGUUUACCUUACGCCCUUGGUGCUAUGUGCAUGGUAAACAUGGCAGUAUGGCCAGGUCUGGGACUGGCCAGACAACUGCUGUUGACUUUCCCCAUUCCAGGAAGAAUUUAAAGGGAAAUUGCACAGCAAGCACUGUACCUCAGCAGCAGCACCACCAGGAACAUGGUGACUAGUGUUCUCUGGGAUUGUCUCACACAAACACACAUGCAGAGUUGAAUGCAGUGACAAUAGCCGUUCCUGGGAACUGUGACAGCAGCCAAGUGGCUGCAUGAAAUGGGAACCAGUUCUCGAGCACGAGAUGAACUCCACCUUGGAUGGUGACCAGCGCAGCCAUCCUUUCUGUCUCCUGGCACUGGGCUACUCAGAAACUGUCAGUUUUUGUCUUUUGGAAGCACUGAUUGUUGUCUUUCUAACCACAUUGAUUAUUUCUGGCAACAUCAUUGUGAUUUUUGUGUUUCACUGUGCACCUCUGUUGAACCAUCACACUACAAGUUAUUUCAUCCAGACAAUGGCAUAUGCUGACCUCUUGGUUGGGGUAAGCUGUUUGGUCCCUUCCUUGUCACUACUCCACUACCCCCUUCCUAUGGAGGAGGCCAUGACUUGCCAAGUAUUUGGCUUUAUAAUAUCAGUUCUGAAGAGCGUUUCCAUGACUUCUCUGGCCUGUAUCAGCAUUGAUAGAUAUAUUGCCAUCACUAAGCCUUUAACCUAUAAUACGCUGGUUACUCCCGGGAGACUACGCCUGUGUAUUUUUCUGAUUUGGCUGUAUUCCAUCUUGGUCUUCCUGCCUGCCUUCUUCCACUGGGGCAAACCAGGAUAUCAUGGAGAUGUAUUUCAGUGGUGUGCAGCGUCCUGGCACACCAACCUCUACUUCACAUUGUUCAUCGUGGUAAUGCUGUAUGCCCCAGCUGCCCUCAUUGUCUGCUUCACAUAUUUCAACAUCUUCCGCAUCUGCCAACAGCACACAAAAGAAAUCAGCGAAAGGCAAGCCCGAUUCAGCAGCCGGAAUGAGGAGACUGGGAAAGCCCACACUUGUCCUGAUAAGCGCUAUGCCAUGGUCCUCUUCAGAAUUACAAGUGUAUUUUAUGUCCUCUGGUUGCCAUACAUCCUCUACUUUCUGCUGGAGAGCUCCACUGGCUGCAGCAGCCACCUUGCAUCCUUCCUCACUACCUGGCUUGCUAUUAGCAAUAGUUUCUGCAACUGUAUCAUUUACAGUCUCUCCAACAGUGUUUUCCAAAGAGGAUUAAAGGGUCUCUCAGGGACUAUGUGUACUUCUUGUACAAGUCACACUACAGCCAAGGACCCUUACACAGUUAGAUGGAAAGGACCCCUUAAUGGAUGUCAUAUCUGAGGGGUUCAUAUACUCAGUUACUUUGUUUGCAGGAAGAAAGGGUGGCUUUGGUUCUCCUCUUCCCUUUAACCCUGUGCUCCACUUUACUAGGAGAUAACUUGACUCGGAGCAGGUACAGACCAUCGACACUUUUCAGUUUGCAGAAGUUGUUUCCUAAAUGAGAUUUAAAAUUAGAAGAAUCCAGAUCAUUAAAAAAAACAACAACAACUCGUGGUGCAGUUUUUGAAAUGUCGUUGAAGUAAGAUUCAAAAGGAAUAAAGCCAUAGCUAAUCCUCUCCCAGCUGGUGUGACUGAACAUGGGAGUGAGAAGCGGCAGCACUUUAAAAAACAUCGCCAUUUUCUUUUCCCUUUUCUGGAUUCUUCCAAGCAACUUGGAACUUAUGUGCAAUUGAUAUCUUUUAACAGGGAAUAUUAAGAUAGACUGAUGAACUAACAAGGAUUUUCUUUAUCUGUGCCAAAAUAUAACUGCACUGUAAGUUUCAGCACUCCUUUAGAUGGUGAAAUGUCUUGAAAGAAAUCUCCAUAGGAUGAAUAAUGUGAUCCCUGAAGAUUACUUUUGGAGUUUUGAAAUGAACCAUGAAGCAACCAUGCAAUGAAGUCAUACAGUUUGUGAAAAACAGCUGCAUUUACUUCAUGCUUGUGAACAUUCUGUACAUGUGUGUAGAAGUGACAUUACAGUGCUUUUUCCUGUGCCUCUGUGUUUGUGAAUAUUGAACAUUUACAUUGAGUUGGGUUUCUUUUUAUAACAAAAUGUAUUUAAAUAAAUAAUAGAUGGAUAGAUGUCCAUUGUAAUGUGAAGAUAGAUGAUAGAUAGAUAGAUAGAUAGGUAGAUAGAUAGAUAGAUAGAUAGAUAUAGUGACUUUAGUGUUUUCUGUUCUUCGUAUCCAGUCUUCAGUAAACAACGGAAUUCGCUCAGGAUUGAUUGUGCUGUGUGCCUUUUAAACAGUCAGCUGACAUCACAGUCACUGUUCAUUUUAAAAAACGUUUUUUGU